AUGCCACGACCGCCCGCAGACGCAAGUUCCGUGGCUGUGAGUGGCCAGCAAGUUGCAGCAACUCCGACUCUAGCCACUUCGCAGCCACCGCCACCUCCGUCCCGUUUACAGCAAGUGAAAGAGGAGGCCGAGAUGCAGCAACUGCAGCUUCAACAACUCCGCCAGCAACAACAGCAGUACCAGCUUCAACAGCAACAACAGGCACAGAUGCAACAGCAACAGCAACUUCAACAGCAACAGCAACUUCAACAGCAACUUCAACAGCAGCAGCAACAGCAACAACAGCAGCAACAACAGCAGCAGCAACAAUAUUCCCAAGCAACGGGGUCAACUUCAAGCUCAACAGGCCCAGCGCCACCCACAACCCACAACGUUGUUGCCUCUCAACCAGCUGCCAACGCCGCCGCCAACGCCAUCGCCGGCACAGCAGCUACCGGAACUGCCUACGCGUUUCCUCGCAACUCGCCGGAAUUCGCGUGCGAAAACGUCGGCGAGCGCGUGAAAGGCAAGCGCCGCAAGUACUGCCCGCACGAAGUGACGGCGCUCGUCUUGGGCGUGCAGCGCUACGCCGACGACAGCUGCCCAUGGAGCUCGAUCCUGCGCGAUCCGCAUCUCGGCCACUUGUUCCACGGCCGGAGCGGCGUCGACUUGAAGGACAAGUGGCGGACGCUGAUCAAGACGCGGCCGGAGCUCGCGGCGUACACGAAGAACCGCAAGAACCACCGCAAGUACCGCCCGUUCACGGCCACGGAAGAGCGCGCGCUCUUGGACGGCGUGAAGAAGUACAAUGGCCAGCGCAACGUCUGGUCGCUCAUUUUGAUUGACAAGGAGCUCGGCCAGCAGUUCAACGACCGGUCGAAUGUCCAGCUCAAGGAUAAGUUCCGUACCAUGCGGCGGGCAGGCGCGACGUCGUCUUUGUUGACGAGCGAGAGCGGAGCGGCGAGACGGCCGUCACUUGCUGCUGCUGCUACUUCAGGGGACGAGUUGACGUCGCCGUCGGAUGUUGGCGGCGCGUUGGCACUGACAGCGACUGGGGACGCAACGUCGAGGGCCAUGGAGGGCACGUCCAUGUUGGCGCCCGCUGCUGCUGCCACGAGCCGCGCGUUACUUUCCAACGUUACUUCAGCGAGUCAACAGGCGGCGUCGCUAUUGGUGCAAAAUAGCGCUGCGAUGUUUGGCGACCCGAACUUGUACUUGGCCGGGUCGUUCGCGCUGCCGCUGCACAUGUCGCAGGCCAUGACCGUGCCGCCGUCAUUGACGACGACGUCGUCGCGGCAGCAGCAGCAGCAGCCAGCGCAAGUACAAGCGCAAGUACAAGCGCAGACGUAUGCGCAAGCACAGGCGAUUGCCACAGCUCAGGCGCGUGCAGCUCAAGUGCAGCUGGAAGCGCAGAUGCAGCACCUUCGAGCCCAUGGCGGCCAGCAACAUGUGGAUAUCAAGCAGCAGUAUCAGGCGUUGAAUGCGGCGCAUAAUAAUGGCGCGUUUGGUACGGGGAUGCCUGGCUACCACGUCGUGGGGAACCAGCUGGUGCCCCAGCAGGCGCUGUACUACCAAAACGCGCAGCAGGCUCAUCUCCACCAGCAACAGCUACAGCAGCAGAUGCAGCAGCAGCGACAACUUCAGCAACAGCAGCAACAGCUGCAACUGGCUGCUGCGAUUGCUGCUGCGUCUAAUAGUUCCCAUCAGCAGUUGAAAGCACAUGCGACAGAUGCUGGGAAUCAAUCGAGUGAACUGUCACGAGGAGCGUCAGGGAGUCGCGGUCGUGGAUCGGGGGUGCAGGUUGAAACGCCCAGUGACGUUAGCAGUAUGAAGGCAGGGAGACCAGCACCUUGA